AUGGCAGAGUUGGAAGGAGUUAGUGAAGAAGCUAGAUUCCUGGAGAGCUUCAAGGUCGACAAGUUCUGCAGAUUCUGUCUAGCGAGCAGCAAAGACGCACAACAGCAAGAGAUGGCUCAGCAAGAGAAAUUCAUCAUGAGGGUUAUUGUCUCAGAGGGAGACAUCAGAAAGUUGACAAUGACAACACGACCGAACACACUUGAAGAUUUGAUUGGCUGGCUUAAAGGCACUCUCCAAGAAAAUUACAACUUCGUCCUACAGUACCAAGACCCCGACUUUAACAAUGAACUGUGUAACCUUGAAGAUGUCUCAGAGCUCCCAGAUAAGCCAACGAUUAAAAUCAUCCCUAUGAUUGAAUUGGUACCAGUCACUAAACCAGUUGAACAACCUUCAUUGUGUAGUGACGCAAGCAGCCUGGCAGACACCGAGAUCCUGUCCAGCUCCUCUCUGGAUAGAAGUGUGCCAUGGCCAGAGGUGUUUGAAAUUCCUAAAUUUUCAGUUGAUGUUGAGUACCGACUCCGUCAAGGUAACUUGUUAUAUCUCAGGGAUGGAACCUAUCUCAAAGUGACAAAAGAGCUAAAGCAUGAUAUCCUUGAGAAAUUGGCUGAGGUCAUCUAUGCAUUUGAUGCAUACCCAAAAAAGGAAGAUUUAGCGGCUGUUGCACAAGCUUUAGUAGAAACGCACCCAUGUCUUAAAGAAGCGGGGUCACCCUCUGGCUGUGUUGGAUGGAAGAACAGUUUGAAGUUCAAGGUUGGAAAUUACAGAGCCAAAAUGUGCAAGCUGGGCCGACUUGACGUCACUGUCAAUAGUGGUAAACGUGGAAGAUACUCUACAAAUGGCGACCCUCCAAACAAGGACAUCAAGAAGCCAAGGAAAGGAGAAAUAAAUUUCCUGCCUCAGUAUCCAGAGGGGUUGGAUGACCGCAACCUGGAAGCAGCUCGCCAGGUUCUAGUCAAUGAGAUGAUGAAGGCAAAGCCAAAUGGGUCCCUUAUUAAGAAAGAGAUGGAUAUGACCUUUGCUCUUCGGAGAAAAGAAGUUGUGACAGACAAGCCUGCAAUUACCCAGAUUGUACAGCGAUGGCCAGCACUUUUCUCCGAAAGCCAGGUGUGUUACGAGUUCACCCGAGUGGUGGGGAAAAAUCUCAAAGAAAACUUCUUUGAGGCACUUGACCGUUUCUCGCCAAACUUGAUGGACUUCUUCAGGAAGAAGAGGGGCCUCAGUGGACAGCUUUUAACUGACCUUUUACGUCAGACAAAGACCACUGAGCCAACAGACAUCAGGUGCCUUUGUCUUCGGGGACUGCCAGUCGUCUUGGGGGAUGACCCCUCUGCGUUCUUCAAAACCUGCUCGGAUGCAACUGACAAGGACUUUUACAGUGAAACUUCAGUGGGAAUCCUCUGCAUUGAUGAACAUCCUCAACUCAACCCAUCCACAGUGAGCAUCAUCUUGGAAGGGAGUGUGGUAAUGGAGGAGCUGGCCAACCUGCCACAGGCUUUCUGUGUCCUUUUUGGACUGAUUUAUGCCUUGCACUUGGAUUACCCCAAGUGCAUGAAAAGCACCUUCGACUUUAUUCAACAGGUCAUGCUAAACCUGGGCAGAGGUGAGCUGAAACCCAAAAUUCAAUCUUUGAAGAAUCAACUAUCUGUUUUUAAAACAGGGGUCUGAAUACUUAUGCCACUGCUCUGGAUCUGAGUGCUUGGUUAUUUGUAAUGUUGCACUUUAAAAAUACCAUGUUUACUGUGGGCACUGUUUGAUAUGCAAGUUUUUUUAUGCAUUGCUACUGAUUUUGCUGUUUGAUUCCAUCCCGAUUAGUGUAUGAUUCAUGUUAUUAGCACUGAUCUAGCAGUUUGGUUCCAUUCCUAUUUCUAGCUACAGUAUGUUUUAUGGCAUUGGCACUUAUUUUUGUAGUUUAAUUCCAUGCUGAUUGGUGUAUGAUUCGUGUUAUUAGCACUGAUCUAGUUUAUUUCCUAUUGCAUUGGCAUUGAUUUUGUAGUUUAAUGCCAUCCUGAUUCACAAGAGUCCUAUUUGAUUUUUUGAUUGCAAACCUAUUUUGUUUGAUAACGUGAUAAAGACAAGUUAAAUAAAACAUGUAGACAAGAAUGUACUCCUGUGGUUUUGCUUUUUAUUUUCUUAAUUAAUUUAAUCUGUAUAGUUUUUUUUUCUAUUAAACAGAUUUUAUUUUACUCUUCAGAUAGUGGAGUAAUUGGGCAAAGGAAUUUUUAAGGUAAAUCAACUUGGAGGUUAGUGUAUUCAGCUUAAAGUUAUAAGUGGA